CCAGGUGUAAUCAAUGUGUGUGAUCCACAAAGCUCGUGUUGUUAGUUGUUAGCCAGUCCAGCAGAAGUUUUCAACGUAUUGCCGCGCAAAAGCGCUAUUGAUUCAGCAGGUGUUUCAUUUUAGUUCACUACCGUGCUCCUUCACUUGUUCCUUGGAUUUCGCAUUCCUCCUUUAAAAUCUUUUCUUUCGAGUCUCAAAAUAAACGGAUAUUGCUACACUACAAGGUGCAAGAUGCUGGGUCUGCAAUCAGGAAUGGAAAAUAAUACGGCUGUCGCAAAUGAUUCAACUUGGAAAUUUAUUUGGGACAAUUUCGGAAAUGCUUUCAUUACGGUCUUAUACUACAUCUGUCUCACCAUACUUGUGUUUUGCCUGAUCGUACUCUUCCUUCGGGCAUGUGGUUUUGGAACCAUUGGCAUUGUAGGUGGUUCAUAUGCAGCUGGCUAUCAGUCAACCCACGAAAUUGUAUCUGGUUCCUGUUUCUCCUGCUUCCAGAGUCUUGCCAUGCGAUUGGGGCGCAUCCUAAUUCUUUCUGCUAUCACCAGUGGCUUGUUGUUGUACGGAUGCAUAAAAAUCAGGGAGAUAUUCGAAAAUACCACUCCCCAGAAUUCUACGUUGAGCACUUUUGAACAAAAUUGGACCGAAAGUUCCACCAGUUCUCAGAGUUUGGAUACUAUCUCUAGUCUGGACUUAAGUGACAGAUCAAAUGUGGACACUGUUACGCUUUUCAGUAAAUAUACCAUGCAAGAAUUAUCAACAUUAAACGCUUCGCAAGCUACAAACUUGGAUGAAGAUAUUUCACGGAGUUUGGCCUUCGAAGUUAAUGGAACAAUGGAUGAUGAUCAAAACGGUAGUAUUAAUAUUGCCUUAAGGCUGCAAAGUGAUACCGUGUCUCAACUAUUGCUGCUUAUUUUAGCAAUGCUAUAUUUGUAUGCUUGAAGAUGUGAUAUGAAGCAAUUUGAAUAAUUUAGUGCUAUAAUUGAAUUUUUUUUUUUUUUUUU